ACAGGAGGACAGCACAGGCUGGGCGCGAGAAGAAGGACAACGGGGAAAUAGAGCGACUGCGGAUGAACGAAAUGGCGAGAAGACGAUGGUGCGUUAACAGGUCCGAGAUAAGAUGCAAGAAAUGUGGAGAGAAAAUACGACGUCUUUUUGUUCAGAUGACAAAGCUGGACCUCGCGUUUGGAUUUUGGAACCUGUUCCAGAUAUAUGCAAAGUUGGAGGAAGAGAACUAAUGGAAGAAUCUGGUCAUCUGUCUGUUUGUGGACGUUGGUAUGUGAGUGCUGGGAAAAGAAUACGGCUUGAACCCCUACUGGACAAACAAGUGGAGACUACAGCUUUAUCGGGAAGAUGGCGACUCUGAUUUUUGCUUUUGGAUUUGCCAAAUAUUUUUUUUUUAAAUGUAACUUUGAUUGCAGUUGUAUUCUGCUAGUAAAUGUGCUAAAUGCUUCAUCCCCCCAUGUUUGAUAACGUUUUGUUAAAACGAAGUUGUUGUUUCAGUUUAUGCUUGUAUGAUUAUUCUAAGUUGAAUAUACAUUUUUUUACUUAAAUAAAAAUUUAGUUUUUGAAUAUUGAUUUUCUCUCAUUUAAUUGGGGUAAUGUGUCUAUAAGCUGAGUUAAGCCUUUCUUAUUUAAAAAGGGCGUUAUUACAUAGUAAAUGCAUACUUGCUAUGCAAUUUAUUACUUUUUCUGAAUCUUACAAUAAGUAAUUUUUGUUUGAUUAUCAUGGCUUCACAAAUGAAACUUUAACUGUAUUGGAUACCCACAACCUUGUUACAUAUUUAUAGUUUUCAGUCAUACUAAACUUUACUUAUAUAAUUUUUUAAAAAGAGCCUUCAAUUUUGACUCUCCUGAGCAAUCUAUAGUAAAAAAUAAAUGGCAAAUUCCAAUAGAUUUUCAGUAAUUUCCAUUUAUGCUGCUGGAUUUAAACAGUAUUGACUUAUGGUUCUGCAAAUAUAAAAGAAUUAAUGCUACAAAAGUAUGCUCACAAUGCUCACUUCUUUUAAAACAACCUUUUGUAAAGCGUGAAGAUGUCCUAAAAUGGUGUCCUUCACAGUCCAAAGCUCUAAAAUGGCUCCCAAUGUCUCAUUUCCUGUCUGAGCAGGAAGUGAUGGAGUCCUGAAAUUUUUAUAUCCCUUGAAAACAAAGUAGUAUGUGUUAAGAUUGUAUACUUAUGCAUUCUAUAUCAUCGUUUUGUGUUCGUACAAACAGUUAAAGCUGAAUACAUAGAAUACAGAUUUUAUAUAAAAUAAAAGGGGUGGGCCUUUUGGUACAUCACCUGAGUCUGGGCUAAAUCGAGAGAACGUCAAUCAAAGGCUAAAGCCUGUGCGAGCUGGGAAGGAGCUUUAGAUGGCGGAUGAGCCUUGGGAAGGGGAACUCGUAGAGCUCGUCGACAGCACUUCUCACUCAACUUUGAACUUUAGCGCUCGUGUUCGUACUUAUAUUUUUAAAACAUUAGAUUAAUUUGUGCUGUAUCUGAAUGUAGAAAUGUCGCUGCAUUGUUUUUGCGGUUUUAUUUCGUCGAGAAAAUAUGUACCGCUUUAGCCUAGUCGUUGUUUUCUGUGCCUCGCGCUGGCAGCCAUGGCUGUCCUCCAUUUUUAGUGCGCUGCGCGCGGCUCUUUAGAAACUCGGCUCUCCAUUCAAAAGGUCAUUGUUGCCCUUCUUACAUAUAUUUUUAGCUUAUAAAUAAUAUUUCGAAUUGUAUUGUCAUCCGGAUCUAUCGAGAUUUGUGUAUAUUUUUUCUUUUUGUUGUCAGUAAUAAGUUCGAUAUUUUUAUUCCGGCUGUGGAUGUUACUGCUUCCUACAUGUAUUUCCCUACCUGUCUAUGGAAUAGAUUUGUUAUUUUUUCGGCAAACGUGUCAAGGCUGCUCAUUUUCUCCUUACGAGGCAACGGGGGAUUUUUUUUGCAAUCCUGAAAGCAAAAGCAGGACUGAUCGGACUUGCAUGAUGGUUUCACCCCCUCUCAACUUUUGACAGUUUAAUACCUAGAGUAAAGAUCAUCGUUAACAGUUAAACAAUAUAACCAUGUUGAAGAACAAGGACAAAAAGGAAGGAGACGACGCUUCGACUCAAAGCAAUGUUUCGAGCAACUCUGCAUCAGAGGAGUCGAAUCGUUCAGGUUCGGAGUCGGGCAGCCAGUCUGAGAGUGAGCAGGGCAGUGAGCAUGCACACUCCCAGCAUUCCGAGUCCAACAGCACAUCCGAGUCUGAGAGCUGCUCUGAAUCUGGGAGCGAAUCGGCUGGGUCGAAGUCACGCCAGACCAUUGCAGAGAUCAAAGAGAAACGGGACAAAAAGAGAGACCUGGCUGAUGUGAAAAAGAUGUGGGAGGAACAUCCAGAUGUUUAUGGUGUCAGAAGGUCCAAUCGGAGCAGACAGGAGCCUGCUCGUCUGAAUAUUGGAGCAGAGGGCAGCAGUGAGUCUGAGAGUGAAAGCCACAAAAGAAAAGUAUCACGACAGAAAAAGAAAGAAAAUACCUGGAAAGAUGACUCAAACGACGAAGAUGAUGGUGAGGAAGAAGCCAGCAGUUCAGAGAGUGAGCAGGAAGAAAUAAAUGUUAGAUCCAGACGACUUCCUGCUAGAAGGCCACAGGCCAAGUCGUCCACAAUCAAGCAGCAUCAGUCUCAAAGGGGACGGAAACAGAGAAAGCAAGAAACAUCGGAUGAGGAUGAAGAUGAUGAUGAUGAUGAGGAAGAGGAUACUCCAAAGAGACAGACGCGGCGAAGAGCAGCUACUAAAGUUAGUUAUAAGGAGGACCAGCAUGAUUUUGAAACUGACUCUGAUGACCUGAUUGAGAUGGCUGAGGGGACAGAGGAUGUGCAGGAUGAAGACAGUGAGACCAUUGAGAAAGUCAUGGAUACUAGGAUUGGCAAGAAAGGAGCUACUGGAGCUGCCACCACACUCUAUGCUGUAGAGGCCAAUGGAGACCCCAGAGCUGAUUUUAACCCUGAGAAGGAGGAAGGUGAGACUCAAUUCCUUAUCAAAUGGAAGGGCUGGUCCUACAUCCACAACACAUGGGAAAGUGUGGACUCGCUGACUCAACAAAAGGCGAAAGGGAUGAAAAAACUGGAAAACUUUAAGAAGAAAAAUGAGGAGCUCAGUGCUUGGUUGAAAAAAGCCUCACCAGAGGAUUUGGAAUAUUACAACUGCCAGCAAGAGUUAACCAUUGAUCUGAACAAGCAGUAUCAGAUAGUGGAGAGAGUCAUUGCAAUGAAAACAGGGAAGUCACAGGUGCCCUCUGAUUUUCCCUCUCAUAAGACUACAUCUAAUGAGCCUGAGUACUUGUGUAAGUGGAUGGGUCUGCCCUACGCAGAGUGCACUUGGGAAGAUGGAGCCUUAAUAGGAAAAAAGUUUCAAUCUUGUAUAGAUAGUUUCAACAACAGGAACAUCUCCAAGACUAUUCCCUCCAAAGACUGUAAGGUGUUAAAACAGAGGCCCAGAUUUGUGGCUCUGAAGAAACAACCCUCUUAUAUUGGAGAUGAAAACUUGGAGCUGAGAGAUUACCAGUUAGAUGGGCUGAACUGGCUUGCACACUCGUGGUGCAGGUGUAACAGUGUUAUCUUAGCUGAUGAGAUGGGCCUGGGGAAGACCAUACAGACCAUUUCAUUCCUUUCCUACCUGUUCCAUCAGCACCAGCUGUAUGGGCCCUUCCUCUUGGUUGUGCCCCUCUCCACACUCACAUCCUGGCAGCGCGAGUUCAGUACUUGGGCUCCUGACAUGAAUGUUGUGGUCUACCUGGGGGAUGUUUUGAGCAGAAAGAUGAUUCGUGAUUAUGAGUGGAUUCACCAGCAGACCAAAAGAAUAAAGUUCAACACACUUUUGACCACAUAUGAAAUUCUACUGAAAGAUAAGAGUGUUUUGGGAAACAUAAACUGGGCAUUUCUUGGGGUGGAUGAGGCUCACCGGCUGAAGAAUGAUGACUCUCUGCUGUAUAAAACACUAAUAGAUUUCAGGUCGAACCACAGGCUACUCAUAACAGGAACACCGCUGCAGAACUCACUCAAAGAGUUGUGGUCCCUCCUGCACUUUCUUAUGCCUGACAAGUUUGAAUUGUGGGAGGAUUUUGAAGAAGAGCAUGGUAAGGGCAGGGACAAUGGCUACCAGAGUCUGCACAAAGUGCUUGAGCCCUUCCUUCUACGUCGUGUAAAAAAGGACGUGGAGAAAUCGCUACCUGCCAAAGUGGAGCAGAUCCUCCGAGUGGACAUGUCCGCCCAGCAGAAACAGUUCUACAAGUGGAUUCUCACAAGGAAUUACAGAGCCCUAGCUAAAGGCACCAGAGGCAGUUCCUCAGGCUUCCUCAACAUCGUCAUGGAGCUGAAGAAAUGCUGUAAUCAUGGCUUCCUCAUCAAGCAGCCAGAUGAGGGAGAAAAUGAGAAUCCUCAGGAGCACUUGCAGGCACUGGUCCGUGGCAGUGGGAAGCUUGUGCUCUUGGAUAAACUGCUAACAAGACUGAGGGAACGGGGCAAUCGUGUGCUUAUCUUCUCUCAGAUGGUCCGUAUGCUGGACAUUUUAGCUGAUUAUCUGGCCAUGAAACGCUAUCCUUUCCAGAGAUUGGAUGGCUCCAUCAAGGGAGAGCUCCGGAAACAAGCACUGGACCACUUUAAUGCAGAGGGAUCUGAGGAUUUCUGUUUUCUCUUGUCCACUCGUGCUGGAGGUCUGGGCAUUAACUUGGCCUCAGCUGACACUGUGGUCAUCUUUGACUCUGACUGGAACCCUCAAAAUGACCUGCAGGCCCAGGCCAGAGCCCACAGAAUAGGCCAGAAAAAACAAGUGAAUAUUUAUCGUUUGGUCACAAAAGGCACUGUGGAGGAGGAUAUUAUUGAAAGGGCAAAGAAAAAGAUGGUGCUAGACCAUCUUGUCAUACAGAGAAUGGACACCACUGGAAGAACAGUACUAGACAACAACUCAGGCAAUUCAAAUUCAAAUCCAUUUAACAAGGAGGAGCUGGCAGCUAUCUUGAAGUUUGGUGCUGAAGAUCUGUUUAAAGAACCUGAAGGGGAGGAAUCUGAGCCACAGGAAAUGGACAUUGAUGAGAUCUUGAGGCUUGCUGAAACCCGAGAAAGUGAUCAAGGUUCCAGUGCCACAGAUGAGCUCCUGUCCCAAUUUAAGGUAGCUAACUUCACCAUGGAUGAGAGCACACCAGAGCUGGAGGAGAAGCCCAUGCAGAACUGGGAUGAGAUCAUUCCAGAAGAUCAGAGGCGGCGGGUGGAGGAGGAGGAGAAACAGAAGGAGAUGGAGGACAUUUACAUGUUGCCCCGGAGCAGAAGCUCAAAUAAAAGAGUGCAGGCAAAUGACAGUGACAGCGAUGUUGGCUCAAAGCUGAAACUGAAGAGCCACUCGUCAGGUUCAGAGAGUGAGACAGAUGACAGCGAGGAUGAUAAGAAGCCCAAGCGGCGAGGCCGGCCACGUGCACGCAAAAACAACGUGGAGGGCUUCACAGAUGCGGAGAUUCGCAGGUUCAUAAAAGCUUACAAGAAAUUUGGUGCUCCACUUGAAAGGUUAGAGGCCAUUGCACGUGACUCUGAACUUGUGGACAAAUCCAUAGCAGAUCUAAAGAGAUUAGGAGAGCUGGUGCACACUACGUGCGUAGCUGCAGUACAGGAGCAUGAAGAACAAAUGAAGGAGAACCCCACUGAAGCUAAAGGGCCAGGAAAAAGGCGUGGAAUUAAUAUCAAGAUCUCUGGGGUUCAGGUAAAUGCCAAAUCCAUCAUCCAGCAUGAGGAAGAGUUUGAGCCUCUGCACAAGGCCGUGCCCUCCAAUCCUAUCGAGAGGAGCAAAUUUCAGCUGAGCUGCCGUGUGAAGAUGCCACACUUUGAUGUAGAUUGGGGUGUGCAGGAUGACACACAUCUGCUGUUGGGCAUCUACGAGCAUGGCUACAGCAACUGGGACCAGAUCAAGACUGAUACUGAGUUGAAACUCUUGGACAAGAUUCUUCCAGACAACCCUGACAAAAAGCCACAGGCAAAGCAGCUGCAAAUGAGAGCUGAUUACUUGUUGAAGAUCCUGAAGAAGGAACAGGAGAGUAAAGACACAACCAAAGCAGAAGAAGAGUCCCAGGUAAAGAAGAGAAAACCUCGAGUAAAGAAAGACAAGACCCGAAAAGAUGAACUGGCCAGUGAAAUUUCCUCUCCUCAUCUCUCUGAACAUACUUCAGAGGAAGGUGAAGUGAAGGAUGACAGAGCUGAAAAAUCCCCCACAAAGAAGAAACAGAAGAAGGACAACAAAGAGAACAAAGAGAAGCAGGGGACUGCAAAGAAAGACAAGGAGGGUGACAAGGACAAAAAACGGACAAAGCUCAAGAAAGAAAAGACUAAAUCAGGAGGCAAAGGCAAGAAAGCUCAGGGCCCUGUGCACAUUACAGCAGGCAGUGAUCCAGUUCCUAUUGGAGAGGAGGAUGAUGAGCUGGACCAGGAAACAUUCAGUAUUUGUAAGGAGCGGAUGAGACCAGUGAAGAAGGCUCUUAAACAGCUGGAUAAGCCUGAUGAAGGCCUGUCAGUACAGGAACAGCUGCAGCACACACGUGCCUGCCUGUUGAAGAUUGGAGACCGAAUCACAGAGUGCCUUAAAGCCUACAGUGACUCGGAACACGUCAAAACCUGGCGCAGAAAUCUCUGGAUUUUUGUGUCCAAAUUCACGGAGUUUGGAGCUAAGAAACUGCACAGGCUAUACAAAAUGGCUCAAAAGAAGCGCUCCCAAGAGGAAGAGAAAGAGCACAAGAAGAAGGACGACCCAGCCAAAAAGAAGCUGUUUCGUCCUGAACCUUCUGGAUCGAGUCGGGACUCCACUGGCACACAGCCUUCAUCCAAACCACACCCACCACAAAAUCACCCAGCAGGACCCCCAUGCCACUCACACCACCGUGAGCCCUACAACCAGCACAACAAGAGACACUUCCCUAAAGAUUAUCGGGGAGAUUGGCAAAGGGAAUGUAAAUAUAGCUACCCAGGAAACAGUAACCAGCCAUGGCAAGGUGACCGUCAUCACCCUUAUGACCAGCAUAGGUAUAAGGAGCAUCACUACAGCAACCGGCGGGCACACACAGAUUUGUACCGCAGUAGUGGCUUCCGGAACCCAGGCUCAGCCCGGAAACGGGUGUAUGAUCAGUACAGCAACGAUCGAGACCACCGUGCUCACCGUGACUAUUAUGACAGGCAUCCAGACCCAAAGAGGAGACGCACAGAUGACUACCACUCUGCGAACUACCACCAGGGAGGAGGCUAUGGUCAGGACUUCCGGAGGAUGCCUGAUCAUCGGAGUGUGCUGGGGCCUGAUCACUAUCGGCCAUUUCACCCAGACAAACCUCCUCCUCUGCUGGACCCGCGCUCUCCUCAGGCACAGAAAUCCCCGCUUGAGUCCCUCUCACCCCUGGAGAGAACCACUGAACCAAAACCCAGCCCAGAUCUCAACUGGAACAGAAAGACAUGAAUCAAUCCUCAAUGUUAGAGGAUUAUGUAGGGAGGCACAAGGUUGAGACGGGGCCACCAGUCCCCUCCUACAAACUUGGAACUCAUGAUCCAAUAGGUGGAGCUCAAGCCCCCAUGGUCUUGAGCUCUCUGGGUCUUCUGGGGCUACAGUGAGUUAAAAGAAUGAAGCCCUGUUAGUCCUACGGACUACUGAAUGAAUUUUAAAAAAGCCUUUGAAGUAUGACCAGAUUUGGAAGUGCCUCGCUUGUUUUUCUUUUCUUCAGUCAUUAGUAGAAAAGAGAGUAUUCUCAGUAUGUUACUUAGAUUUUUUUGUUGUUGUUGCUUUGCUUUGUGCAGAGGUUUAUUCCAGGAAAGUAUGCUUUGUGAAGAAAAGAGAAUCAUCACACCAUUAGAUGUUAAUUAAUCUGUGUUGUGUUGAUCCUGUAUUAUGAAGGAGCACCCCCUGCCCUAUGCAUUUUACUGUUUUCCCAGCUCACAACACACCUGAUUCAACUAAUUUGCUAAUUGGUAGCCCUUUCUGAGUUGAAGUAUGUUAGAACACUAAAAUAUAGAGGACAGAGGGUACUCCAGAGCAAGGGUUGGGAACCUAUGAUGUUUUGAAUUAGUCUUAUAAUAUCUUUUUUGCCCCAUUAUACCAAUGAGAAAAUAAUGUUCAAAAUGUGUCAACAAAUGGGCAUUUGUACUUUUCUUAUGGACCUCAUAGAUGAUCUUAGAUGACAUAAGAAAAAUGACCCCAUGUCCCCACAGAUGGCUGAUUGUGUAGGUAAAAUUGGUUCUAACCACCCACAAUGACAGAAAUCUGCAUCAGUGCAGGUCUUGUUGUUAGAACACUAAAUAACUAAAUAAAAACAUAAAGCUGUAUUUUUUUCUGUGGCUAAAGUUUGCUCUCCUUUAUCUGUCACGUAAGUAUGUGCAGCCUAAUCGUACAUACUGUCAGAUAUUUAAAUUGCACUAAAAGUAUCAUACUCUACAAAUCUCCGGUUAUAAAUAGUACAAAUGUUAACCUGAUGUAAAGUGGAAAUUUCUGUAUUAGUGCAAAAGCUUGUGAAUGAAGCAGGAAAUGUUGAGCUUUUGUUUCACCAGUAAAGCCAAAAAUAGACGAGCAUGCUGGUGAAUAAUUCAAGUUGUUUCUAAAAAAUCCUUUUUUUUAUUUUAUUUUUUUAAAUUCUUUGUUUCCCCUGCAUCUGUGCCUUAUUCUUGUGUCUAAUGAAUUGCCGGGGUUUUAGUAUGUUGCAUUUAAGAGAACGAUGGCAUUAUCCCAAAUAGGGCAUAUAGUGCACUACCUAGGGUAUAGAAGUCAUUUUCAUACUCUUUGUAGUACAUGAAUCUUGAGAGAAAGAAGGCCUUUGGGAUUUUGGCAGUUUAUAAACAAGAUCUUUUGAUGGAAAAAUGCUGAGUAUUGUUGGUGCCUGUUAUGGACUGGAGGCUUUGGAGAGUGGAAAACACCACUUUCUCACAGAGGAACAGAGGGUUGUGUGUUAGGAGUUGCAACUGAUCGCUCUCUUUCCUCCAAUAAACUCUUUAUUCAUUAAGAAGUACCUAUUAAAGUAAUUUAUAUUUGUGAAAACAUAAACUGUUCACAUGAACUGCAUUGUACAUACUGUUUAUACACCUGUAUGUAUUAAACUUUGCUACACCAUGCA